AUUUAAAUAGAGUAAGUGUAUCAUGGUAAGUCUGUACAAUACAUUUAGCACCUAAAACAGUUGUUACAUAACAACUACCUUCCCUUGGUUUCUACAAAAACUUAGUGCAUCAAUAUCAAAAUUGUUUUGCCUUGUUUUGCCAAAUUUGAAAGUAUGUACUGGUAUUGCACAGCGAUUUUAGCAAGUUCAUUUCCAUGGUCUAUGCACCAGUUUAUGAAUACACAACACCUAAGCAUGCAGUUUAGGCCAUAAAUGGCCCCAUUACACAUCUUGAUGGGCACAUGAUUAAAACAAUCUUGGUAUGCUCCGUCCGUCAACAUGGGACAUGAAAAGAGAAUGGUGAAACAGGCAACCAACAUCCAAUUUGGGGGAAAGAGCAUGGGCAUGAAGGAAUGACCCUAGUCCCAUCUAAAAAUAUCUUCAACCAAUUUGAGUAAAAAUAUCAUCAGUCAAAUGUGAUUGGAAAUGCAAUUUUAUGGAUCAAACUCAUGCUCCUAAAAUAUCUCACUCCCCAAUUUUAUUUCCCUCUCUUUUGAAAAGUUGUUAUUAUUCUACUAUCCAGGGAAAGGUGUUGAUUUUACAGUACCUAGCACUCAUCAAAUGCUAAUCCAAAUUUGUCCUCUCUCUGUCACCCUCCCUCUACUUAAACCCGCCAAAACCCCUUGCAUCACACCGCCACCACCACAUCAGAAGAAACAAGAAGCCGCGUGCACUGCACUGCACUGGCGUUCUCCAUCACUCCAUGGGCGCCGUCAAGCAUGAGGUUGAAGACGUGUACGCAGCCACUGCGCGAGCAAGCUUCUUCUACGAUUCCAAGGACAAGCAGCAAGAACGUGCCAUGGCGAUGGGAGCAGAGGAAGAGGGCCCCAGGCUGGAGCUGGGGGAGCUCAUCCCGGGGCUGCCGGACGACGUGGCCAUUGAGUGCCUGGCGAGGGUGCCCAGCCGGUCGCACCGGAGCACGCGCCGCGUGUGCCGCGGGUGGCGCGGCGCCGUCGGGUCCGCGGAGUUCCGGCGGCGCCGGAGUGCCGCCGGGGCGGCGGAGGACGUCGUGUUCCUCGUCCAGGCCGCGCCCGCGGCCGGCGACGGGAAGGGAUCGACGCCGGAGUGCGCGCUGACGGCGGCGAACCUCACCACUGGCGAGUGGCGGCGCGUGGAGGGGCCGGGCGAGGCGUGGCAACCCGUGCCGCUGUUCGCGCAGUGCGCGGCCGCCGGCGACGGGCGCCACGUCGCCGUCGUAGGGGGCUGGGAACCGGACACGCUCCGCCCGACCAACGACAUCCGCGUGCUGGACGUCCCCGCCGGCACGUGGCGGCGCGGCCGGCAGAUGCCGGACAACCGGAGCUUCUUCGGGUGCGCCGGCGGCGACGGCAACGUCUACGUCGCCGGCGGCCACGACGAGUCCAAGAACGCGCUCCGCUCCGCUCUCGCGUACAGCGCCGCGGCCGACGCCUGGCGCGCGCUCCCGGACAUGUCCGAGGAGCGCGACGAGCCGCAGCUCGUCGUGGCCCCGGGCGGCGUCCUCGCGGCAAGCGGCUACCCGACCGAGGCCCAGGGCGCGUUCAGGAGGACCGCCGAGCGCUACGCCGCCACGGGCGGCGCCUGGACCGACGAGGGCGAGGUGGUCCCCGACACGGGCGAGACGUGCCUGGCCUCGGUGGGGGGGAAGGUGUGGGCCGUCGGGGCCGGUAAGGGCGGCGUGCGCGAGUGGGACGGCGCCGCGCGCGCGUGGAGGGAGGUGGCCGAUGGGCCGCCGGGCAUGGAGGCGUGCGUGAAAGCGGCCGGCGUCGGCAACGGCAACGGCGCCGCGUUGUUCGUGUUCGGCACGGUGGCCGACGCGGCGGAGGGCAGCAGGCACUCCGCGUGGGUGAUGGAAGCCGGCGGCGCUCCGUGGAGGCGGGUGCCCGUGCCGUCGGGGUUCGACGGGUUCGUUUACUCGGGAGCGGCUGUGCGGGUUUAAAUUUUCGCUUAGACUCCAGCCUAAGUCCCUAUUUGAGCUUUUAUUUUAAAUUUUCAGAGUUUAGAAAGAAAAUAAAUUCUUACAGACUUUUUAA